AACCCAUAUAAAAGAAAUGAUUUUGAUUCACUUGUGGUUUUCAAAAAGGGCAGAGCUUUUUUCGAGCUUGAGGAGGAGGAUGAGCCACGUCGCCGUUUUUCAGACGAAGAUCCCUUUAGGGUUUCUCAAAGAAAACUUAUAUUAAAACCAAAAAAAUUAAACCCGUUGUAUUUUACAUGGUGUAAUUUCUGUGGGGAUGGGGGGGAUUUUGUGAGGCUACGGUGCUUUCAUUAAGGGGGAAAAAAAAAAAAGAAGAGCACACUGUUUUGUGUUUUGUUUUUCUGUUGGGAUGUGAGGGAAAAGUUUUCAGUAUCUGUUUGUGUGGUUCUUGUGCUUUUGUCCCCUCUCUCUCUCUCUCUACUUUCUCUCUCUAGCAUUUGGUGCCGCUUGCUCUUCUCUUUCUUUCUCUCUCUAGAUAUUCUUUCAAAAUUAUAUGAUCUGUGGUGGGUUUUUUUUUAUUUGAUUAAUUUGGGUGAUCCGAGUCUUUUUAACUGGGUCAAGUUUUUGAGUGGUGAGUUCUGCUUUAGUUUAAGGUUAACUCGACUGAGUUCGUUUGAUCAGGAAUCAAGAGGCGGCUGUUCUUUAUAGAAGUGUGUGUGUGUAUGUGUGUGUGUGUUUGGGGGGCGAAGGGGGCGAAAAGGGUUUGUCUUGUUUUGUUACGAUGUUGUAUUGAUUCAUAAGAAUGGCGGUGGUGAAGAAACAAAUUCUUGAAAAUCUUUUAAUUAAUUCAUUAAUUAUUACUAGUGGUGCUGCAGCACACAAUUGCGUAUGCUUGUCUGUGUUUGUUGGGAUUCAUGUAAUAACAAGAGUUUGAUACCCAUGGAGGGUUCAUCUGAGUCUAAUUGGCGGCGGCGGUCGGAGAAUAGUUCAAGGGGUUUGAACUCGAAUUCGAAUUUGAAUUUGAAUUUGAAUUCUCCGUAUUCCGACAGGAACCCGAGACUUCUCACCGCCCGAUUCUCCGGCAACAACGACAGCACCUCCCACGAUUCCGUUCGGAAGGGGCGGGAGAGAACCCUCCUCCGGCCGACCCCCCACGCUGCCGCCGGCGGCAACCACCACCGAACUCAAGUGGAGGGCGGCGACCGCCCCGUCGAAUGCAACGACGUCAGUUUGAGACAGUGGUUGGAUAAUCCGGAUAGAACGGUCGAUGCUCUCGAAUGCCUCCACAUAUUUUCGCAAAUUGUCGAUGUAGUGAACUUAGCGCAUUCGCAGGGUAUUGUAGUCCAAAAUAUCCGCCCGUCGUGUUUCGUCAUGUCGUCCCUCAAUCGGGUCUCGUUUAUCGAAUCCGCGUCUUGCUCCGAUUCUUCGGGUUCGGAUUCUCAAGAAUACGGGUCGAACUCGCACCAAUCCGGCAACCGGUUGAGCGAAUUGGAUUGUUUGAAUUCGCGUUCUGGUCGACCCGUUCGGGCUUCCGAAGCAACAGUCGGAAACGAGAAAGAUAAGAAGCACUCAUUUCCGAUGAAGCAGAUACUGCUCAUGGAAUCGAACUGGUACAGGAGCCCCGAAGAGGUUUCCGGGGGCCCCACUUGCUGCGCUUCGGAUAUUUAUCAACUCGGGGUCUUGCUCUUUGAGCUUUUUUGCACGUUCGGUUCGAUCGAAGAGAAAGGUACGACAAUGGCGAGCUUGAGACACCGUGUACUACCUCCUCAAUUGCUUCUUAAGUGGCCGAAAGAAGCUUCGUUUUGCUUGUGGCUAUUGCAUCCCGAUCCAAGCGGACGCCCUAAAAUGAGUGAUUUGCUGCAAAGUGAGUUUCUGAACGAACCAAGAAACAAAAUAGACGAACGAGACGCAGCCAUAGAGCUUCGAGAAAAGAUCGACGAGCAGGAUUUGCUCCUCGAAUUUCUCCUAACACUGCAGCAGAAAAAACAAGAAGCCGCCGACACAUUAAACGAAAUAGUUUCUUUCAUAUCUUCUGAUAUCGAAGAAGUCACAAAACGCCACACGUCCGUAAAAAAAUCGGGCCCGCGCUCAACAAACAUUGCAACCGACGAAGACGACUCCGAAAACUCCGUUUCAAGAAAAAGAAUCCGACAGGGCGUUUGCAUCGACGGUCGGGACGGACCCGAUCGGAAAUCAGAUUCGCCAGGCGGCGGCGGGGCCGGCCUCUCGAAGAGCUCCCGUCUGAUGAAGAACUUCCGGAAGCUCGAGUCGGCUUAUUUCUCGACGAGACGAAGAUCCAUUGCGAAACCGAGGGAGAGGAGUCCGUCAGUAAUAGCUACUGAAAGAAGUUCCGUCAGUAAUCUUUCGUCUAGGGAGCACAGGCAGCAGCAAAACAACGGAGGGGGGUGGAUUAAUACGUUUUUGGAAGGGUUGUGUAAGUAUUUGUCGUUUAGUAAGAUGAGAGUGAAGGCGGAUUUGAAGCAAGGGGAUCUUUUGAACUCGUCGAAUUUGGUUUGCUCCCUUAGUUUCGAUCGUGAUGGGGAGUUUUUUGCGACGGCCGGUGUGAAUAAGAAAAUUAAAGUUUUCGAGUAUAAUUCGAUUUUGAAUAAAGAUAGGGAUAUUCAUUAUCCGGUUGUUGAAAUGGCGAGUAAAUCGAAGCUUAGUAGUAUAUGUUGGAACGGAUACAUUAAAAGCCAGAUUGCGUCGAGUAAUUUCGAAGGUGUAGUGCAGAUAUGGGAUGUGACAAGAAGUCAAACAUUCUUAGAAAUGAAAGAACACGAGCGACGAGUGUGGUCCGUCGAUUUCUCUGUCGCCGAUCCAACAAUGCUUGCUAGCGGCAGCGACGAUGGCUCAGUCAAGCUCUGGAAUAUCAAUCAGGGGAUAAGCGUCGGCACGAUUAAGACAAAGGCCAAUGUGUGCUGCGUCCAGUUUCCGACAGAUUCUGGACGAACACUUGCGUUUGGUUCGGCGGAUCAUAGGAUUUAUUACUAUGAUUUGAGAAACUCGAAAAUGCCACUUUGUACUCUUGUGGGCCAUAGUAAAACGGUGAGUUAUGUGAAGUUUAUUGACUCGAUGACUCUCGUUUCGGCUUCAACCGAUAAUACGAUAAAGCUUUGGGAUUUGUCGAUGUGCACUUCGAGGGUUCUUGAUUCUCCUUUGCAGUCGUUUACUGGCCAUUUGAAUGUCAAGAAUUUUGUGGGCUUGUCUGUAUCUGAAGGUUAUAUUGCAACGGGAUCAGAAACGAACGAGGUAUUUGUCUACCACAAAGCUUUUCCGAUGCCGGCACUUUCGUUUAAGUUCAAUAGCACGGAUCCAUUUUCCGGCGACGAAAUGGACGACAGUGCGCAGUUCAUCUCGUCCGUUUGUUGGCGCGGUCAAACUUCCACCUUAGUAGCUGCAAAUUCUAUGGGAAAUAUUAAGCUCUUGGAAAUGGCUUAAUUAAUUUCAUAAAAAAAAUAUAUAUAUAUAUAUAAAUAUUCGGAGAUAUUCACGAUUCACUUGGUAAAUGGAUCACGUGGAAGCUUAUAACCGCUUUUGGCGGGUUAAAUUUUAAGUAGAAAACUAUUUGGUUUCUCGGUGAAACGAAAUUUUUGCCUUUAGUUUGUAAUAGAUACGCGUAAAAAUCAAAGACGAUUCGUCCUUCGACAAUGUGUAUUGUAGAUAAAUAUAUAUAUAAAGGUGGAUUCGGGUGGAGGAGAAGUUGUGGAAGAAGGGGUUGUGUUAUUAUUGGAUUUCUUUUUUCCCCGUUUGUAUAUUCUGCGUUUUUGUGGUUUUUAGAUGUCCGUUUUGCCCCGACUUUUGUAAUCUUCGAUCGGAAAUGGUGUAUUUAUCCGAGUUAGAUUAUAUUUUA